AUGUCUUUAGAUCAACUUUCACUGAAAAGAAAAGAAAGAUUAAAUGAGCUAAAAAAAAUAAAAAAUGCAUCUGAUUCAAAUGUUACUAGUCUUGAGAAUGGGUUAUCUAAUGAUGAAAAUCUUAGAAUUAAUAAAGAUUUAGGUAUUUCUGACUUGCCCCUUUCAUUUCGUAAUUAUGAUCCUGAGUUACGUGGGCCUCGUAUGGGUUUUAAAAAUUCGUCAUUAUGGACUGAAGAAACAGUUGAAUUUGAAGCUCAACGAUUAAAAGAUAAUACUGAUUCAAAUGCAACAAAAAUACCAUUUAAUAGUAAUGAACUUGAUAUUUCUGGAUUAAAGUCUAAUAAAAUAAAUUGUGAUUUGAAAAGAGAACUGCUAAAAAAAAAUGAACGUUUAAAGAAAAAAACUGAAUAUGCAAUUUCUAAAUUAAUUCGUGAAAAACUUUUAUCUAUGAAAAAUACAAUGGAGGAUUCUAAAAUAAAAAGUAUUUCUGAUACAUAAUAUAUGAAGAAUAUGAUAAAAAAUAAA